AUGGGAGCAACUCUCUCACAUCGCUCCGCAGAUGGAUGCGAGAAGGUCAUUUAUCACGCAAGCCGUUGCCUGACACAACCACAGAAGAACUACCAGAUUGAAAAGGAAGCAUUCGCUCUCAUUUUCGCCAUGCAGAAGUUCCAUCGUUCUAUCCAUGGACGAAAUUUCACGCUGAGGAUUGACCACAAACCGUUCUUGGCAAUCUUCGGAAGCAAAAAAGAAUACAGUGCCAACCGUCUUCAGCGAUGGACCACGAUUUUGCUAAACUACAACUUCACUAUCGAAUACAAGAACACAAAGGAUUUCGACCAACUGGACGCUCUUUCACGUCUCGUCUCGUCACAAUCAUCGAUACCGGAAGAUUUCGUGUUAGCCUCAAUAGAUGGUGAUGUCACUUCUGAGUUCUCAGAAAACUAUUGUCAGCUUCCAGCAUCUGCCGAAUCCAUUCGGACUGCUACGCAAACCGAUCGUCUUAUCCAGCUUGUGACCGGAAACAGGCCCAAGUUCAACCGCCAUUCUCCUCUGUGGCACUACUACAACCGCAUAAAUACCAUGACAACAGUCAAAGGAUGUCUGUUAACUGCAUCCCGCAUAGUGAUUCCAAAAUCACUUCGAAAUCGAGUUUUUUCAGCACUACACAAAGCUCAUCCAGGCCAAACAAGGAUGAAAAUGCUUGCAAGAAGGUUUGUCUAUUUACCCACGAUUGAUUUCGACAUCGAAAACUCGUCAAGACCUGCCCAAGAUGUACACCAGUGCGAAAGGAUCCGAUGA